GCAUUCUAAUUCCGCUAAAUACAAAUUACUGAUUGCUGCCCUCUCUGGAUUUUGAUUAGAUUCCUAUAAUUCCGUCAUCCCGGUAUAUUAAUACUUCAAGUACAAUAAAUUACUACAAAUUGGCGUCGCGAUGGAGCUAAGUAACCUGGGAAAAUUCCCCAUUAAUGGGUCUCCGCGAGAGAUUGCUGAUUAUUUGGAAUGCUUUGAUGCGUGGUGCAUUUCCAAGAAUGUUCGGGAUGAUAAAAUACCUGCUCAUUUCGUCACCGCUAUUGGUCUUGAUGCAUAUAGCCUGGUGAAGAAUCUGGCGUUUCCAGAUAAACCCAUUUCUAUGCCAUAUGCUAAGCUCCGUGAACUUCUUAUAGAUCAUUUCCAUGUAACUACUUUUGAGACCAGAGAGAGGGCUCACUUCAACAAACUAGUACGUUCUCCCAAUCAGAAGAUUAGAGACUUUAUUCUUCAACUUCAAAUUCAAGCCUCAAAGUGUAAUUUUGGAGAUCAGCUGCAUACACAACUACGUGAUCGUCUAAUUGCUGGAAUCAACAUUCCUAAGUUAGAGAAGGAGUUAAUUCAGAUUCCUUCUUGUACGUUUCAAACUGCUAAAGAGGUAUGUAUUACAUAUGAAGAUGUCAAUAAUGAAUACUCUGCUCCCACUACGUCAGUAUCUGAUGUCAUGCUGUCCAAAGUCGAAAAUACAAGUGUUCAUGGAAAGAAAUCCAAACUGCCGUCCACAGGUAAUAGAAUGCAGCCAGAGAUCAAAAACAUUAAACCGUGUUUAUCCUGUGGAAAGUUACAUCUACGAAGCACUUGCCGUUUUCGGAGUGCUAAGUGCUAUAAAUGUGGUAAAGUUGGACACAUCAAGACGGUUUGCAGGAGUUCGAGUACUUAUGUUGCUCAACAUUCUUAUAAUUCUCCCAAGCUGUCUAGUAAAAUGGAGUCUAUGUGUCUUUCAACUUUUCAAAAUACUCAAGCUAAUCCAACGAAAACCUCCACUGCAAGUUCAGCGACGCAAGUAUCAACUGUAUUCAAAAAUGAGGUAGCCAAGUUGCAAUGUGAACUGUCGAAAGCACGAAAAGACCUGAAUGAGAUGAGAGAGCAAUUGAAUAAAAUUGAGGAAUUACUGCAUAUGCAUAGACUACGUCUGGUGAAUCCAGAGCAUACAAGUUCUUGUGAAAGUCCUGCAAAACUAUUCAUAUCUCGAAUUCUCAAAAAGCAUCUGAUGUCCACUACUUCUAAUGUACAUUAUUACAAAGAUAAUAACUACAGACCUUCUGUUGGAAUUAUACUACAAAAAAUGGGAAAUCGAGUGGUGAAGAUAUUAGACAUCAAAGAUCACUCAGUUUAUAACGGACACCUGGACAAAGUGACAAUAAAUGAAAUAAUUCAGAAAUAAGUCCAGAUAGUACUGAUGAAAAUAAUAUCACAGAAUCAGUUAGCUCGAAGCUACUUGCAAGCAGACCGAGACAUCGUUAUAAAUACGCGAGGAGAUAUUCGAGGUGUGGCGGAUGUGGUGAUUGACAAUUUCUAUCUCUGUAUUGUUUAAAUACUUACUGUUGACUGUUGAUAUGUUUCUUAUAUGAAUUGCAUAAUAAUUCCGCUAAAUACAAAUUACUGAUUGCUGCCCUCUCUGGAUUUUGAUUAGAUUCCUAUAAUUCCGUCAUCCCGGUAUAUUAAUAUUUCAAUUACAAUAAAUUACUACAAGUCUACAGUCUACUAUAAUCCCAAGCAUAUUUCGAGAUUUAUCUUCAACAGCUGACCUGAAAAACUUCUACUAACGUACAGGCAAAAAUAUAUGCGAUAAUAAAUAAAGUGAAGGCUAGAUAACAUGUUUCAAAGGAUACCUCAUAAGCAUCUAUCUUUCAAUCAGUCGAUAUACUUUUUAUUUUUAUAUUUUUGAUUACAGCUUGAUUCC